UUUGACGAGAGCAACGUGCAACAACAACAACUCGUUCUUUUCACAUCAGUGCAUUGCUUGACCGGGAGCUCCUUUUCCACUUCUCCUUCAGCGUCGCCAGCAUGAAGUCCGCUGUGCUCAUUCUGGCCCUUGUGGCCAUGGCUCAAGCCCAUGUCAUCCGGGUACCACUGUACCGCAUGGAGUCUGUCCGCCGCUCCUUGGCUGACAAGGGCACCAACAUUGACGCAGUGGAAAAGGCUUUGGCCCGGAAAUAUGGCAUGGCUGUUGGUGGUCCCGGAGAUGAAAUUUUGACCGACUACAAAGAUGCUCAGUACUAUGGCCCUAUCACGAUCGGUACGCCCGCACAGUCAUUCAAUGUCAUCUUCGACACUGGUUCAUCCAACUUGUGGGUGCCAAGCUCCAAGUGCCCGAUCACCGACCUUGCUUGUGAUCUCCAUCACAAGUACCACAGUGACCGCUCUUCCACCUACAAGGCAAAUGGAUCCUCGUUUGCCAUUCGCUAUGGUACUGGCUCGCUGAAGGGAUUCCUCAGCACUGACUCCGUUUCCAUCUCCUUGUUGACUGUGAGGAACCAGACAUUCGCCGAGGGAACUAACAUCCCCGGCUUGACCUUCAUCAUGGCCAAGUUUGACGGCAUUCUCGGUCUCGCCUUCAGCAAGAUCUCCGUCGAUGGAGUCACCCCAGUCUUCGACAACAUGGUGCGCCAGGGCCUUGUCAAGGAGGCUGUCUUCUCCUUCUGGCUGGACCGUAACCCCGAGGGUCAGCAGGGUGGCGAAAUGCUGCUUGGCGGUAUUGACACUAAGCGCUACACUGGCGACAUUGCCUGGGCACCACUCAAUUCUGAAACUUACUGGCAAUUCAAGAUGACCAGUGUGAGCGUGGCUGGCGGCGGCAGCUACUGUGGUGGUUGUGAUGCCAUUGCUGACACCGGUACGUCCCUCUUGGCUGGUCCAAAGGAUGAGAUGGACAAGCUGAACAAGGAGCUCGGUGCCACCCCUAUCAUCAGUGGAGAGUACAUGAUUGAUUGCAGCAAGAUCGACACUCUGCCUGUCGUCAGCUUUGUUAUCAACGGCAAAACUUUCGCUCUGACUGGCAAGGAGUACGUCUUGAAGGUGUCUGCUGGCGGCCAGACCGAAUGCAUCAGUGGCUUUGCCGGCAUUGCCCUGCCCAGGCCUCUGUGGAUCCUGGGUGACGUCUUCAUCGGUGCCUACUACACCGUCUUUGACAAGGCCAACGAGCGUGUCGGCUUUGCCACCUCCGUGCAAGGCUAAGAAACGAGUGCUCAUGCACAUCCCUAACACAUCGUAACUUCUUGCAGCUGCAUGCCUCUCUCCCCUCUGCUUCUAUCAUUGUUGUUCACAUAGUAUUGCCAAGUCGUGUGUACGUGGAAUUCGAUCAUCAGUGACUUUUUUCUUUGCUGACUCUUUUUCUUCGAUGUGUUCACUCUUCAAUCAUUCUUCUUUUCGUGAUGCUGCUGUAACUCGGUGUGUUAUCUCCUCUUGACCUUACUCCCGCUGCUCUUAACCAGUUCUUGUAAGUGUGUGGACCUGUGUGUUUGGUCUCUUCCA